AUGGCCGUCGGCAAAGGUUUCAAGCUCUUUCAUACCCUUUUCCUAGUGAUUUCUUGGCAGUAUUGUGCAAAAGUGGGUGCCACUUUUAGUGAUGUCACCGGUGUCGUAAAUCUCGAUCAUCAAUUUUCAUUUCGUGCAUUUGCAUCACAUGACACACAAGCACAAGAUGGAAGCAUUGCUCUAACCCCGGAGGCUGCAUUAGAUGGAAGCAUUGCGCUAACUCCAGAGGCUCCAUUAGAUGGAAACAUUGCGCUAACUCCAGAGGCUCCAUUCGAUGGAAGCAUUGCUCUAACCCCGGAGGCUGCAUUCGAUGGAAGCAUUGCUCUAACCCCGGAGGCUGCAUUCGAUGGAAGCAUUGCUCUAACCCCGGAGGCUGCAUUCGAUGGAAGCAUUACUCUAACCCCUAAAGAUGAAGCAUCAAAUGGAAGAAGCAAUGCUCAAACCCCGUCGGAGACUACUGCAUCGGAUGUUAGAAGCAAUGCUCAAACCCCGCCGGAGGCUGCUGCAUCGGAUGUUAGCAGCAAUGCUCAAACCCCGCCGGAGGCUUCUCCGUCGGAUGUUAGCAGCAAUGCUCAAACCCCGCCGGAGGCUUCUCCGUCGGAUGUUAGCAGCAAUGCUCAAACCCCGCCGGAGGCUGCUCCGUCGGAUGUUAGCAGCAAUGCUCAAACCCCGCCGGAGGCUGCUCCGUCGGAUGUUAGCAGCAAUGCUCAAACCCCGCCGGAGGCUGCUCCGUCGGAUGUUAGCAGCAAUGCUCAAACCCCGCCGGAGGCUGCUCCGUCGGAUGUUAGCAGCAAUGCUCAAACCCCGCCGGAGGCUGCUCCGUCGGAUGUUAGCAGCAAUGCUCAAACCCCGCCGGAGGCUGCUCCGUCGGAUGUUAGCAGCAAUGCUCAAACCCCGCCGGAGGCUGCUCCGUCGGAUGUUAGCAGCAAUGCUCAAACCCCGCCGGAGGCUGCUCCGUCGGAUGUUAGCAGCAAUGCUCAAACCCCGCCGGAGGCUGCUCCGUCGGAUGUUAGCAGCAAUGCUCAAACCCCGCCGGAGGCUGCUCCGUCGGAUGUUAGCAGCAAUGCUCAAUCCCCGCCGGAGGCUGCUCCGUCGGAUGUUAGCAGCAAUGCUCAAACCCCGCCGGAGGCUGCUCCGUCGGAUGUUAGCAGCAUUGCUCAAACUCCGGCCAUUGCACCAAUAGGAAGCAGCAUUGCUGCUCUAACCCCGCCGGAGGCUGCGUCGGAUGGAAGCAGUAUUGCUACGUCUGAUGUUAGCAGCAUUGCUGCUCUAACCCCGGAGGCUGCGUCUGAUGUUAGCAGCAUUGCUCAAACCCCGGAGGCUGCGUCGGAUGUUAGCAGCGUUGCUCUAACCCCGGAGGCUGCAUCGGAUUUUAGCAGCAUUGCUCAAACCCCAACCAUUGCACCAAUUGGAACUGUUGCUCAAACCCCAACCAUUGCACCAAUUGGAACUGUUGCUCAAACCCCGACCAUUGCACCAAUUGGAACUGUUGCUCAAACCCCGACCAUUGCACCAAUUGGAACUGUUGCUCAAACCCCGACCAUUGCACCAAUUGGAACUGUUGCUCAAACCCCGACCAUUGCACCGAUUGGAACUGUUGCUCAAACCCCAGAGGCUGCACCGAUUGCCCCAGAGGCUGCACCGAUUGCCCCAGAGGCUGCACCGAUUGCCCCAGAGGCUGCACCGAUUGCCCCAGAGGCUGCACCGAUUGGAACUGUUGCUCAAACCCCGGAGGCUGCACCGAUUGAAACUGUUGCUCAAACCCCGGAGGCUGCACCCGAUGGAAGCAGCAUUGCUCUAACCCCGGAGGCUGCACCCGAUGGAAGCAGCAUUGCUCUAACCCCGGAGGCUGCACCCGAUGGAAGCAGCAUUGCUCUAACCCCGGAGGCUGCACCCGAUGGAAGCAGCAUUGCUCUAACCCCGGAGGCUGCACCCGAUGGAAGCAGCAUUGCUCUAACCCCGGAGGCUGCACCCGAUGGAAGCAGCAUUGCUCUAACCCCGACCAUUACACCAAUUGGAAGCGUUGCUCAAACCCCGGAAGCUGCAUCAGAUGGAAGCAGCAUUGCUCAAACCCCGGAAGCUGCAUCAGAUGGAAGCAGCAUUGCUCAAACCCCGGAAGCUGCAUCAGAUGGAAGCAGCAUUGCUCAAACCCCGGAAGCUGCAUCAGAUGGAAGCAGCAUUGCUCAAACCCCGGAAGCUGCAUCAGAUGGAAGCAGCAUUGCUCAAACCCCGGAAGCUGCAUCAGAUGGAAGCAGCAUUGCUCAAACCCCGGAAGCUGCAUCAGAUGGAAGCAGCAUUGCUCAAACCCCGGAAGCUGCAUCAGAUGGAAGCAGCAUUGCUCAAACCCCGGAAGCUGCAUCAGAUGGAAGCAGCAUUGCUCAAACCCCGGAAGCUGCAUCAGAUGGAAGCAGCAUUGCUCAAACCCCGGAAGCUGCAUCAGAUGGAAGCAGCAUUGCUCAAACCCCGGAAGCUGCAUCAGAUGGAAGCAGCAUUGCUCAAACCCCGGAAGCUGCAUCAGAUGGAAGCAGCAUUGCUCAAACCCCGGAAGCUGCAUCAGAUGGAAGCAGCAUUGCUCAAACCCCGACCAUUGCACCAAGUAGCACACAAGCUUGAGAGUAAUUGUUAAGCAUGGAUGUUUCUUUGGCUGUUAACAAAUUAAAACCUAAGCCAAACAACUAUUUUGUAGGCAAAUUCAUUAUUUCUAUAUUGUUUUUCUAAAUGGAAUGAUUUUCCUA